UCUCUCUCUCUGUGCAGUAGUCUUUGAACUUUACCAACCGAGGCAGCUUCCACGAAGACGAAACGAAGCGCAGCUGCUCCAUCUUCACGGCUUAAUUAAAAGGCAUCAACCCCUUAUUUCAUAAACCCGAAACAAACAACCGGAUCCUGCUAGCUCAUGUCCAGUAGUAGCCAUUGUCGUAGGCAGCAGUACUCUUAGCAGGCCAGCCGUCCUUUAGAUCAUGUGUUUGGGGACUGCCAAACAAACAUAAAGAACUACGUACUUCAAGGUGGUUCUGAGACGUUGUCAUGAGAUCUAAGUUGUGAGCAGCUGCUGCUAAUGAUAUUCCUCAUAAAUCAUAACACAAAUUAAAGUCUAGUAAGAUAUUUGGGGUCAGUUAAAAGAGUUGGCGAGCACAAUAAUGGAAUCAAUUGUGGGAUACAGAUUCCACCCGACCGAUGAAGAGCUCGUCGACCAUUAUCUCAGGCUCAAAAGGCUCGGUAAGGAUUCCGAAGUCCGUGUCAUUGCUGAAGUCGAUAUCUGCAAGUGGGAGCCUUCCGACUUACCCAGGCUUUCGGUGAUCAAGUCAGAUGAUCAAGAAUGGUUCUUUUUCUGUCGCCGAGAAUUGAAGUACUCGAGCAGUCACCGGACGAACAGGGCGACCAAAUCCGGGUAUUGGAAAGCCACCGGUAACGAUAGGAAAAUCAAGGCCAAACGCACCAACAAGGUGAUUGGUAAAAAGAAGACUUUGGUGUUCCACAGAGGUCGUGUGCCUAAUGGGGUUGGGACCGACUGGGUCAUUCACGAGUAUCACUCAACUAGCACUCUUCCUCACGAGAAGGACUUUGUUCUCUGUCGCUUAAUGAAAAAACAUGACGUGAGGACUGAUGUCUCAACUUGUGAUGAAGUUGAAGCAAGCAGCUAUCCUGCAUCUGAUUUUGAAAGUCAAGCUCCAGAUGAUUCAAUUUUUGAGCUAGAAGCAGACCUGGAACCAUUCAACCUGGUACCAAUGUUUCAGCCAACUUUUCAGCAAAAGGAUUUUGAGUUUGAGUUGACAGUAUCCAAUACACAAGGAUCCCCUUUCAUCGAGCCUGUAUCUCCCAACAGCCGUAACAAUGAAUUCAAUUGGAUUCAAUUUCAGUCUGACAGAGAUGAACAGGAAGAGGAUACCACAGAGUUCUUGAAUUCAGUUAUUGUUGACCCAGAUGAAAACUCCCAGGAAGAAAUAAGGCACUUCCGUGACAUCAGGUCACCUGAGUCAUUACAAAAGGUGUACUUAUGUGGUGGACCAAGCAGUGACACAGACACUGACAAUGCCCAAGCACCGCAUGACCGUUUGAUGGGAACUUCAAGCUUGUUUAAUGAGCAUGUUAGUCCGCAAGAAGUCUGGCAUCAAGCGUUAAAACUGCAAUCUGGAACAGUAAGUUCGUCCUCGGCUAACCAUGACCAGUAUAGAAGCAGAAGAAGCAUCUUUCAUCAUGAUGAUCUCGUGAACAUACUUCGUCCUUCAAUCAAUCGCAUUUCGAGAGUCAGGCCAAAAUCUCCUGCAAAAGUAAGAACCUCCACACCUCAACAUCAGCAUAGAUUGCGCCAGUCUGCAGGACAAAGAGUUGCACAUAGAAGAGUCCAAUUGCAGUAUAACAAUUCGCACAGAAUAGUAUCCCAUGACAAGGCCAAAGAUGCUUUAAGAGACAGUAUUACAACUAGUCUGCCUCAGAAGGAAACAUCCAUUAUGGACUCUGACAAAGAGCAGAAAAUGGCUCAAUGCACCAAUACAAAGAAGAGUGACAAGUCAACAACAUUGGAUUCAGCUGAGAGUGAUCGGAAGGGUUAUUUCAUUUUCGUAGAGGCAUCUCAGCAAAGCCACGUAUCUAGUCCUCCCUUGGUAUAUCUGGCCAAACUACUGUUUGGUUUAUUUUUAUUCCUGGUUAUUAUUCGGGAGGUGGUGGUGUACGGGAUGUGAUGCUAAACUUUACUCCCUGCCCCCAAAAAAAUACGGUUCAAGAAAAACAGGCAUGUUAUUGUGAUGUGAUGAAACCUUUAUACACUAGUAUAAGUGAUGCUUUCAGCGGUGUGCUUUUGAAGCGAAGGCAUAGAGGUUUUCUUGCUCUCUUUUUCAUUGUAUAGGUUGAGGAGCCUUGUAUAUUAUUUUUCAGGGAUUUGCAGGAGACUCAAAA